CUGCCUGGCCAGGCCAGGGUCCCGGGGGACCUGUCCGAGGCUGCUGAGCCCGGCCCGCCUGGGGUCCUGGGCGGCGGCGCCGGGCCGGGCUGCACAUGGGUCAGGCGGCCCCAUCCGGGCCCGAGAAGCUCAGCCAUACGGAGGUUGCGGCGCUGCCCAGGGGAGGAGGACGCCUGGAGGGAGGCUCCCGGAACGCUGGGCGCAGUGCCCAGGAGGGGCUGACCCGGACCUUAGUGACCGGAAGUGACGCCAACCGGGGGAUUCCAUGCUUAGGGGCUGGGAGCUUGGGGGGGCCCGGCCGGGGCUGUCUGGGGCCGGGACCCCCCGCGGUGGCGGCGGCGGCGGCGGCGGCGGCGGCGGCGGCAGCAGCGUUUGCCUGGACCCGGCCCGCGUCCGCAACCGUUCACGCCCGGAAGGCUUCAGGUCUCGGGCCCGCGGCAGGCUGCGAACUUCUUGUUCGGGCUCGGCCUCCGGCUCGGCCGCCGGCCCCUCGAGCCCGCUCCCCACAGCCUCGUCCUGGACCAUGGGACCCCCGGGGGGGUCUCCGGGAGGGCCGUCAGGAGGAACUCCGGCCCAGAUCCCGUCCCACUCGAUGCAAGGAGACCCAGCCACCUUCAGGGCCGCCCUGCGGGGGCUGCUCAACUGUGGGCGCUUCAGUGAUGUUAGGUUCUUGGUGGGCCAAGACCGGAGGGAAGUGCUCGCCCACCGCUGCCUCCUGACCUCCCGUUGCGACUACUUCCGCCAGCUCCUGAAUGGCGAGGGCCCCGGAGGGGGCGCCCCGCAGGAGCCCGUGGUCCUGGCUGACGUACCCCCCGAGGCCUUCUUGACGGUGCUGGAAUUCCUCUACACCAACAGCAUCACCCUGGACAGGCGCACAGUCCUGGAAGUGCUGAUUUCAUCUCUGGAAUAUGGGCUGUCCGAGCUUCGGGAGCUGUGUGUGGAAUUUGUGGUGCAUAACCUGGACGUGGAGCUUGUCUGUGAGGCCCUACAGGUGGCGGUGACCUUUGGCUUGCGGCUGUUGCGGGAGAGGUGCCUUCAUUUCAUCGACGGCCAUGCCCAGGACGUCCUGAGGACCCCGGCCUUCCACGAGCUUUCCUCGGCCGCCCUGAUCCCCGUGCUCCGCAGUGACCGCCUGGCAGUGGACGAAGUCGAGCUCAUUGCCGCCACCCGCCACUGGGCGCGGGUCAGCUCGGCGGUGCUGGAGCAGCCGAUGGAGCAGGUGGCCCAGGCCGUGGUGCGGGAGCUGCGGCUGCCUCUGCUGUCCCCCUCGGAGCUGAGCUCACUGGAAGAGCAAAACCGGGUCGAGCCUUUUAUCCCGGUAGAGCAAAUUGCCGAGGCCUGGAAGUGCCACGCCCUGCGCCGGGGAGAAGGGACGCGGAGCAUCCAGGGGCGCCGCCGAAAGGGGACCACGCCCCGCGAGCACCACCGCUACCUGGAACUGCAGUCCAAGUGACCGAGUUAGACCGGGUGGGCCCCCCCAGGCCUCUAGAGACUCCCCCCGCCUUGCUCUGAACUACACCGCCGGUAUCCUCCGCGCCAGCGGGCGUUACAGUAGCCCCAGCAUCCUCCGCGCUGUGUCUCACGUACAGCUUUUGAACACUUCGACCGGGACUCUAUCUUCCAGCACCUUCUGCGGACUCUCUGACCUGGAGUGGAGGUGGGCGGGAUUAAAGACCUCAGCCUGCGGCUACCGCCACUGUUGGAGCGGAACCCUCUCCCCAUCUCUAAGCGCCAGGUCCUUUAUUCACUGCCUGCUUCCUUUCUGAUUCUGAUCCCUACUCCCACCUGCCCCCGCCGUGGCCCCCCAGAUGCAGAUGAGUUGUCCAAAGUCACACAGCUAGCGGGUGGCAAAGGCAGGAUUCGGAACCCUGGCGUUCAGUCCCCUAGCCCCGAGCUCUAGAUAUAUUCUAACUCCGUUUAUUUCUACGCGGAUGACUCCCACAUCUAGAAGCGCAGCGCUUGCCUCUCCUGAAUUCGGGUCCUGAAUUAUCUUGUAGACACAUCUCCAUCUGGAUUUCCCGUAGACAUCUCAAGUUCAACACGGCCCAAGCUGAACUCGUUCAUCCUUCCCCAACCGCUCCCUCUUACUUUGCAGGACACCAUCUUCCCAGUCACCACCCUCGACUCCUCUCUCCCUUACUCACCCUCUACCCAGCAAGUGUUGCAGUGCCUAUAUCUGUAACAUUUCCGGAACGUGCCCUCUCUUUCAAAGCAAAUUUUAUUAUCAUGUCAGUGGCCGUCUAAGAAACCAAAAACAAAUUAAGGCACCAAAUCAUCGCCCAAACCAUAAAAUCCAGUUUACGUGUCACCGAGGACAUUCUGAGGAGAACAGGCCUCUUCCUCAGUUCCCUCCUGUCUGUGUUGUCAAGAUCCGGCUAUUUUUCGGCUACCGGGUUUUCAGCUUUACCUAAUUCACGAGUCUUUCCCCGUGACCUCUGUAUCGGUCUUCCGUGUCUGGCACAACAAUGUUCUCUGACGCUCACAGCCCUCUCGAUUCAGACAUUCCUCAGUCGGGCACGUGGGUGGUUUCCGUUUUUUCAUUAUUACGAAUAAAGCUGCUAGGAAUA